GAGACCUGCCUCUUAAACGACCACAACGCCUUGCGCAGCAAAGCUGUUCUCUACUCGUAAAAUUCGCGACCUCUUUUACGCUUGACGAACUCACGACGUGUACACUCUUUCCCCACCUGUAUCGACUCUUGAACUUUGUGUGUAACUAGGAACUCUGCACUCUAUCGAAGUGACGACAUUACGACUUCACGACUAUCUCUGUUGACCAUCUGAUACAUUCAUCACUCUAUCCUCUUUUGCUCACGUCAGGGUCAUAUGAUGCCUCUAUUGGACUCGAUACAGAACGCUAUCCACAAAGUGAUACCACAGAAGAAGGAUGGAAUUCCGUUGCAAUCGUCAACGACUUCAGGCAUUGGGAAUGCCCAUGCGCACGCAUUUGAGGACGAUGUGUGUACCAAAUCUUAGUCUGCUUUUUCUUGUUCUAUUAUCUCCUACGUUUGCGGCAUUCUAUGCCGUGUCUUCCUGCCGUAGAAGCCAAGGUCAUAACAGACUCGAACAUACAUUACGUAAUAGUGUAUGUUCAUGUUCAAGUUGCCAUCUCUCCGUUCAUUUUAGGCGGAUGGUGGGCGGAUAUCUCGUCUUUCUGCUCUUCAUACCGUUGUUCUGGACGUUUUGGAUAUGGUUGAUUGUCCCGAAAACCACUAUUGUGUUCCAUGCGUCACAAGCAUUUUUCAACUUCCUUGCACUAUGUUGUUUCGCGAGCGCGGCAGCAUUCCAAGCCAGAAAUCACGUCGGUCCAUCGGGACUGUCGGGCUUUGCUAUCUUCAUUUCCAUCGCGGGCAUACUCUUUUCACUAUUUAUGCUUCUGACACCUGUUAUAUAUGAGAAGUACGACAAGGGUGCUCGUCUAGCCCGUGCACUCAAGGAAUUACGCGUUGAAUUCAUCCUCUCGAGUACAGGCCUCGCAGUCAGCCUGCUCAUUGCAUUUAUCACUACCAUCUCUGCAUGGACUCAACCGGGAUGCAAGGAUCCUAACAGAGAUCCGCAUGCUGACAAGGGCGAUGACUUUAAAAAUGGUCUUGAUGGUUUCUGUAAUACGAAGAAAGCAGGAGCUGUUUUCUUCUGGCUUGCCUUUGUCUUUUGGGUGGCGACUUUCGCAAUGACAAUCCUUGACUGGCGUAAUGGCAAAUCAUCUCGUCCUCGCGACCCACCUUUCACCCAUCCCGAGAUACCUGCCGAAUAUGUGUCACAAGAGGACGAGGAGUCACUUUACAACCCGCCCAGUCGCAAGUCAACAUAUGAAGACCAUGACGAUUCAGUCCAGUCACCAUUCCGGGACGAAAACCGCUACACUGGUGUUCCAUCCCUUAACAACAACAACUCAACGUAUCCGUCGAGUGAUCCUCCCAUUCUUCCCCGGCCCAGCUUCGACGCAUAUGGUGCCUUCUCGGAUCCCGCGCCAAGCGGCUUUGGUGCUUCUGCAGCUCCUACUGCACCGACCGCUGGUUCUCCGACGGAAGGCCCACGAGUCAGUCGAACGAUGCAGUAUGCUGACCCAUAUGCUGCUGUUCGGGCAACUGUGGCAGCGGGAGGACAGACAGCAAGCAGUCAAGCGCCUCCAUACUCUUCAUAUUCAGCCGGUUAUCGAUGAUGGAUGCAGAUGGAUGGACUCUCUAUACACAUUAACGAGAAGGUUUUACUCUAAUGUAUUAACUUAUUCUCUUCGCUUCGGUCUUGUCAUACGUUCUUGUGGAGGAUUUUGUUUCGUUCAUGGGUGUCCUUGAUGACACUGAUUCCUCGUCUCUCUGGAUAUACCGUGAAUCCGCUCAGUUUAUGUCAGUUGAGUAUAUCAGUAGCAUGAGCAUGCGUUCAAGGGCAUCUGUAUCCGUCUGUUUGAGCACUCC